CCCCCCCCCUCUUUUUCCCUUCUUUUGGCCCCUUGAGAUAGCUAUUCACAAUCAGGUGUACCACACAGCCUCUGCGCCGUAAUUACACCCUAGUAGUACCUCCUUGCACUGUAAGACAAUCGCGACGUACGGUAUCAUGGACAUGGAGCCCUACUCGCGCGCCGAGAUCGAGCGCAUCGCGCGCCUGGCCGGCUUCCUGGCCCUGGCGACUAGCCCGCCCAGCAAUGUCUGGAGCCUCGACAAGGCCAACGUGCUGGCCACCAGCCGCCUGUGGCGCAAGGUGGUCACCGAGGUGUUCCCCAAGGAGUUCCCCCAGCUCGAGGUCAACCACCAGCUGAUCGACAGCGCGGCCAUGCUCAUGGACAAGAACCCGCGCGCGCUGGACGGCGUGGUCAUCACCAGCAAUCUGUUUGGCGACAUCAUCAGCGACGAGGCGUCCGUGAUUCCGGGGAGCAUUGGCCUGUUGCCCAGCGCGAGCUUGGGGGGCAUCCCGGAUGGGAAGAGCAAGUGCAAUGGCAUUUACGAGCCCAUCCACGGCUCGGCCUCCGACAUCUCGGGCAAGGGCAUCGUCAACCCCGUCGGCACCAUCCUCUCGGUCGCCAUGAUGCUGCGCUACUCGCUCAACCUGCCCAAGGAGGCAGCCGCUGUCGAGGCGGCCGUCAAGCUGGCCAUCGACAAUGGCACGCGGACCAGGGACAUUGGCGGGAGUGCGGCCACCUCCGAGAUGGGCGAUGCCGUUGUUGCCGAGUUGGUGAAGCUUCUGAAGGCAUAAAACUAAAAAUAAAAAAGU